AUGAGUCUAAAGUUAAGAAUUACAGAGAGAAGAGCAACAGGUAAGAGAUAUCACAAUCAAAAGAAGCAGAGUAGAGAGCAGGGAAGAGAAGAAAGAAAAAAUCGUAGAAGAGAGUGAAAUCUAUAGAUGGAAAACGAAAAGACAAAGAGGAGGAGGACUUUACCAGAAGAAACUUUGACGUACGGAGAGGAAAGAAGAAGCCAAGCGAAGUGUGUCACAUGGAAGAGAGAGAGAGGAUUUGGCAAAAAAGAUUGUGAAACGGACAAAGUAGAAAGGUAGCUGAUGAUGAUGU